AUGGAAGAUCCUCCAUUUUACCCCUCUGUUCUAGGGCAGACCCAAAUGACGCCUAACAGAGUGAGCAUGCGUCCUCGUAUGGUCCCCAGCCGUCGUGAACCAACCUAUCAUAUCCAACAAGGGUUUAAUAACCUGACGUUGAGGCAUAUGAGCACCCCCUUUUCUGAGGACAUAAUAAACGCCCCGAAAGAACCCAAAGUCAAAACCCCCACCAUUGAAGCCUAUGACGGUACCACCGACCCAGAUAUGCACCUAGUUGCAUACCGUCACCACAUGUAUGUUCAGGGAACCAAUGAAGCCACCUGGUUCAUGGCACACAAGGAAGAAAGGAAAACAAGCAUGCAUUUGGGACGCAUUCAACAAGGAAACGAUGAGUCACUAAGAAGCUAUGUGAAGCGCUUCAAUCUAGAGGCUGGACAGAUCCCAGAUCUUCCCGACGGCGUCUCCUUCGAUAAUUUUAUCAGGGGACUGAAUAAAGGAUCAUUCAAGUUUGACUUAGUUAAGAAGAGCGUUCGGACUAUGGCUGAAGUAUUGGAUGAGGCUGAAGCAUUUAUCCUCGAAACAGAAAUAUGCAGCGCGUCCAAAGAUGGAAAGACUGGUGAGGCAACAGAUUCCUCAGGGAAGAAAGACAAGACAGCCCGAAAAACACCACGAGUAAAUGGUACUUGGGCUCUUUCGAAAGAGCAUGAUACCAAUUCUCCUGGACACAAGAGAGAACGUCCACAAGAAAGAGAAUAUUUCGAGUACAACACGGACCUCCUAACAAUAUUGGUAGACGUCUGGACCAAGUUUGAUCUUGAACGGCCUUUCCCCAUGAAGUCUCCUGCUGAGUGUCGAGACCCUAAGCUGUAUUGCCAGUUCCACGUGGAUAUAGGGCAUGACACCAAGAACUGCAGAAGCUUGAAGAGAGCCCUAGACGGCCUGGCCUCCAAAUGA